AUGGAGGUAGGUGGUGUUGAAGUAGGUGUUGGGGGUGGUGGUGUGUUUGAUAAUGCUGUUGGAAAUGGUUCAAAUGUUCACGAGGAACCUAUGACUGAUGAUGUGUUUCGAACACCGGUUGUCGAUAUACCUGUUGAGACUGUGCAGACUGGAGUGGGAAGCAAUUAUAUUGGUGAAGUAACACCCUAUGUGGAGGCACCUAGGGUGGGAAUGGUGUUCAAGACUUGGUUAGAUGUAGAGCAAUAUUACAAAGAGUAUGCAGAACAACAAGGCUUUGGGGUUAGUAGGGUUGCUGGAGUGAAAUCUAAGUGUGGUGUUAGAGAUAGGAUUGCAACAACAUGGAGGUGUGAGUGCUAUGGUGCGCCAAAUAUGAGGGCUUUAAGGGAAGCCAAAAAAAGGCCAAAAGGUAUGGAAGUUGCAGGUUCAGUUGGGAAAGUAUGGGAUAGAGUUUGUGAAGAUGAAAUAAGUAGGCGGAAGAGAAAGUCUAAGAAGUGUGAGUGUAAAGCUAUGAUCUAUGCAGGACGUUCUAGUCAAGGUGAUUGGGACCUGCAGCACGAAGUGUACAAGGCUAGGAGGUUAAGGAUGGUAGGGGGAGAUUCAACUGCUAUGAUGGGAUAUUUUGAAAAAAUGCAAGCUGAUAACCAAAACUUCUACCACGCGCAGCGUUUGGAUGGUUUGGGACGUUUAAAGGACGUGUUUUGGGUUGAUGCUCGAAGUCGCAUGGCUUAUGAGGAGUUUGGCGACGUUGUGUGCUUUGAUGCAACAUACCUAACUAAUGAUUAUGAUCUCCCGUUUGUGAACUUCGUUGGUGUUAACCAUCACGGGCAGACAAUUUUUCUAGGGUGCGCUCUAGUUUCCCAUGAGGAUUGUGAUACCUUCAGUUGGAUAUUCAAACAAUGGUUGUCAUGUAUGAACAACCGUGCUCCAAAAGUCAUUCUAACAGAUCAGGCAACAGCAAUGAGGAAGCCUUUGGAGGAAACCAUGCCUAACACUCGACAUCGCUGGUGCAUUUGGCAUAUUAUGAAGAAAUUACCAGAGAAACUCUGGAAAUGCGAAAGGUAUGAGGAUUUGAAGAAGGAGCUUAAGUCAAUUGUCUAUGAGAGUCUUAACAUAGAGGAAUUUGAGAACCGCUGGAUUGCCUUCAUUGAACACUAUAAGCUUCAACAUAACGAGUGGCUAACUUACUUGUACGCUGAGCGUCACAUGUGGGUACCUGCAUUCAUGAGGGAGUAUUUCUGGGCUGGUAUGAAGACAACACAACGUGUGGAGAGUAUAAAUAGCUUUUUUGAUGGUUUUUUGAACCGGAAUACCAAGUUGUACGAGUUUCCUGAGAAGUAUUCAAAGGCAAUGAAAAAAAGGGUUUCAGAUGAGACAGAUGCUGAUGCUAAUUGCUCCAAGUUCCUUCGUCGUGUUGCAACUGGUUACAAGUUGGAGAAGGUGUUUCAGAAGUUGUACACUGAUCGAAUUUUCCAGGAAGUGCAAACAGAAUGCAUUCGGAUGAAUUAUUGCUGCCCUCGUGAAGAAACAAAGAUGACAGAAAAUGUUAGUCAAUAUGUGCUUGAGGAUAGAGUCUGGAUUGUGCUGGAGGGAUCUAAUGAGGAGAUUAUCACCGAUAGGAAGAGGUACUAUUGUGCUAUGUUCAACAAGGAAACUAAAGAGGUUUCUUGUGAAUGUAGGAAAUUUGAGACCAAUGGGAUUAUGUGUAAACAUAUUAUUAGGGUGUUAGACCUAAAUCAUGUUUACGACAUACCUUCUAAGUACAUUUUGGACCGUUGGCGUAAGGACAUACUUCGAAAACACACUCUAGUUAAGGUGGCCUACCAUGACCCUGCAGAGACGGUGGAGGUGAAAAGAUACAAAAAGAAGAUGACUGCUUUUGAAGCAAUAUGUGAUGUAGCUGCCAUGGUAGAUGAUGAGAGUGUUGAGAUUGUGUUAAAGGGCUUAGCAGAGUUGGAGACAAAAAUAACAAAGCGGAGGGGAAUGAAAUUGGCUCAGACAUUUGGCAUGAACUACCCUGGAGAGGGAAAUGCCACGGUACAGACAGUGUCUGAUGGGGGUGCUUCAGCCUAUGUAGACCAGAACGGAGAGCUCACCGACACUCAGGAUGUUGCACCAACCCCUCAGUCGACAUUUGUUGAUCCAGUUCCCAAAAAAAGAGGGCGUGGGAGACCCAAGGGAAGUCGUAAUAAGACUCAACAGGAGAUUGGCUACAAGAUUCCACCUAAGAAAAAGGGUAGACAUCAGGUGUGUAAUAGCGAUGCUUCUGAUUUGCAACCUGAUUAUAUGGUGCAAGUUUCUAACAAACUUCCUGUUACUCGAAGUAGGACAAGUAAGAAGAAAAAGAAUUCCACCGCUGCUACUGAAUGUGUGGGCUUGGACCAUAUUCCUGAAGAUGACAUACUGCUAAACAGCCCGUUGGGAUCAUCAACAGUUAUGUCACAAAGUUUGUAG